AUGAAGGGAUUAUUUGACACAGCAUCCUUUGGUGACAUUGAGUUUGUUGGUGGCAACGUUGGUGGUUCUAUUGGUGGCAAUGUAGGUGGUUCGAUAGGCACGAGCGAAGUUAACGGAGAUGGUUUUGGCGGAUUCAUAGGUUCGGUGGACGCCGAAAUGCUAGGAGAUACUGCGGGAGCUAUCGGUAUUUCAGGGGACGCCAAUUGUGGUGCUGAUGUAGGUGGCGUGGAGGUUAGACUGGGCGGCAAUGGAGGCAUUUUAGGUCUAGGCAACGGCGGCACAUCCCUGGCUUUUGGCGACUGCGAUGGUUCGACGGAUGCCGAAAUGCUAGGAGAUACUGCUGGAGAUAAUGCGAGAGUUACCGGUGUUUCAAGGGACCCCAAUUGUGGUGCUAAUGUAGGUGGCGUGGAAGUUAGAUUGGGUGGCAAUGGAGGCAUUUUAGGUUUAGGCAACGGAGGCACAUCCACGACUUUUGGCGACUACAAUGAUUUCUUGGCAUUGUGA